AUGCCCAGGUUAAUCUCCUCCUUCACCCGCAUCCUCAAAUUCAUCCUCUUCUCCUGGCUCACUCUCAUCGGUCUCUGGAUAUUCCUCCCUUCUCCACCUAUCACAUCUGAAAUUAAUAGUGGAGUAUAUUAUCAAUAUAUUCAACGGACCUUGAGGGCUAGACGGAUUUUACAUACGAUAUAUCCAUGGGAUGAAUCCUUUGACGUCUCCUCUGUGACGAUUCUGCCGGCUAAUGACCUCUACCCUGGCUCACCGCCGCAACGCGCAAGAGUGAGCGGGUUGAGUAGUGAUUGUACGCAUUUAAUAGUUGAUUGGCAGCUCAGUCGUGAUGGCGAAGAUGCUGUUAUUCUGGGGAUGGGGCGCGAUGUUAGACAUCGGCUGUACCUGACAGAUGCCGCGUUAAAGGUUUUAUCGGCUGAUGCCGACAAGCAAAAUCCGGAUUUGAUUCUUCUUCGUGAAGAAGACGGGAAAGAUGAGCUUGUCUACGUGAGCGAUCAGGUCAGAGUACAAGUCGAUGCUGGAGGCGCAGAUCACAUAAUUAAUCUCCCCUGGUUCUGGUUACCGGAUGCGGCGAUGUUUCAUAAUCAGAUGCAUGGUUUUACCUACGAGAUUGAUCUCAGAGUUGUUGCACGCAAGCUUCUAGCGGAGAGGAAGACGGUUGUUGAAGUUUGGAAGUCUGCACCUGUGACGGAGUGGUUGAGAUUAAGGGAGAAGGAACGGCUGCAAAACAUGGGAUAUUCGGCUAUAGAUGGACCAGAUGACGAUGGGGUUGAUGGGAAAUAUGUGAAGAAUAUAUUCCGGAGCGAAUCUCAUUAUUCGUCGGGACUACUGGCGACGGUCUCGAAUGUUGAUAAUCGGCAUCAUUCGACUUCGGGCGUCGAAGUGAGGAUUCGAAACGCCCAGCUAUCCUCUAGAACUUAUUGGAUACGUUCCAUAAUCCUGGUCCCGCUGGCUCCGUCGUUAAUAGUUACAUUCUUCCUAUUGAUCUAUCUGAUGGAAUCGCUGUCUGUUCUAAUUUGUUACGAGACCUUGGCUCUGGUGGUAACUUAUUGUGUUGCUGUUCUCAUCUGCUGGAUGGUUUACAAUCUUUGUCGCCGCAACUUCACGACCACCAAUGCAGACGAAAAGUCAAAGGGAGGCCGUAAAGACAAAGAAAUGACUUUCUUACAAUGGUCCUCAAAGAGAGGAAGGGGGGAUUAUAGAGGGAAGAGGAUUGUCAUUUGGGGACCGACGGGCCCUGUGUAUGAGGAUGUUAUUGAUAAAUAA